CCGCGGGGCUGGGCGGGGGGAUCGGGCUUCGCUUCCCUUCCCCGGGAACGCCUGAGGGCGGGGGCGGCCGGGCGGGCAGGGCCAGGGCCGGUGGAGGGGAGGCGGCCGGGACACCCCGGUCUGGCUGAUGCUGGCGCUGCCCCGCGCAGCACCGGGCUCCGGCAGGCUGGUAGCGGCGGUCGGGACUCAGGAGGGGCCCCCCGGGCUCCCUUCCCCUUCCCUCCCUCCGCGGCGGGCGGCGCUGGAGGAUUUUCUCCCGCCGCGGCCCCCUCGCUGUCCCCCAGACAUGGUAGGUCACCUCCAGCUGCAAGGGAUGGACGAGAGCCUGAAGGAGAAGAGCCGGGAAGGCUUGCUGGACAGUCCGGACUCGGGGCUGCCCCCCAGCCCCAGCCCCCCCUUCUACUCCCUGUCGCCCGGUGAGGGCCGAGCAGGGGGCAGCGGCGGUGCGGACCCCCCGGCCCCGGGCCACCGGCGAGAGGCCAAGGACGGCAAAGUGAUGCCUUAUCUGCUCCUGAACCCGUCCAUGCCAGAGAUAAGGCCUCGAAUGUACCCGGUGUUUUUUGGAGAAAGCAUUGAGGUCAACCCUGAGCCCGUGCAGGAAAUCAGGUGCAAUUCCGAGGUGAAGUACGACUCGGAGAAGCACUAUCGGGACGACAUCUUCUACGGCCCCAUCCCCACCGUCACCACCUACAGCGAGACCAUCAUCGCUGCUCCCAACUGCACCUGGCGGAACUACAAGUCCCAGCUGAUCUUCGAGCCCCGCCAGAAGCCGGUGAGGUUUCAGAGCACGACCAUCAUUUUCCCUAAGCGUGCCAAGAACAUUUACCGGACCACCCUCAACUACAGCUUGGGUUGUGCCAAGCGCUGGUUUGCUUCCAGCGUGCAGCUGGAACUCUGCGAGGAAACCAACCCGUGCGUCAUGUACAGCGAGAGCCUCUGAUCCGCCCCGCCGCUGGCAACCGCGCGACCCCGGGAGGCCGCGGCCUUCGCUCUGCCUGGGCCUUGCUCGGUGGCAACUGAAUAUUCAUGGCUGCAGAACAGCUCUGGGGCGAGGCUGAACUGGCUGGGAGGAGGCUUGCAGGGCACAGGAUGGUUUUGAUCAGUGAGAGGCUGGCUUGUACUUUGCGACGUUCCUGACAUUCAUGAUCUGGAUUUUAUU